GGCUGGCCGGCCCUUUGUGGAGCACCCGUAAUCAACGCGCAACCUAUGCAGCGGUCAUCCCAGGCUUGAGCAGCAGCCGUUCGCAGACUGUGAUCUCACCCCUGCCCUUGUUGCAGGAUCUUGAGGAUUUCAUCCGCCGCCGAACUUCACCAAGUCCUGUCUUAUGGUGAACUUUGGGGUGCAGACGAAAGGAAGUUACCGGACUGCUAUGGCUACCUUUGCGACAACUUGGACACGAAAGGAACACUGCAGAACAUCAAUAGCUGUCUACAAUAUGAACAAGAGUUAGCGAGUGACUCUGUGCACACGGCCGUCUUACAACGCGAUACGCCAAGACUUGCCACACGUUGGUAGUACGCGCAAUGGCCGAACCUCAGCUCCGAUCACGCGCGUCGAAGUUGUCGUUAUUUCACCUCUUCGACGCGCCGAACGUAGAGAAGGCCCGCGGGUAUGCGGAGCAAGGACUCAAGGUACUGCGCCCAAAGCAGUCUCGACUACAGCUCGGAACGCAGAAAUUACCAGUAGAGCCAGUCGACGGUUUGCCUCCGCGAUCGACGACGUCUAUGUCAUUGCGCGGCACUGCGCCUCGGCCUGUCUCGAGAGCAACAGCUAGAGAAACCCCAGCGAGGACGAAGCGGCGCGGAGCGACUGGUUGGGAGUCGUUGCCGUUAUACCAGGCGCAUGCGCAGGCGACCAAAGAGGGCACGCUUGAAGUCGGCAGCCUGUCUACGGGUACAGUGUUGCAAAAGUCGAAGAGCAGGAGAGACUUCGGCAGAUGGAUGAAUGCGCCAAGCAGUCCCCGUCACAGUGGUGAGGACCGUGUCAGCAUGGAAACACGACGGACAACUAGGACGACAACGAAGCACAUCAGUAAUGGUUCAAUCACACGCUUGGCCGCGCCACAGAAAGUCUUCGUACUGGUGAAGUCUGGCGGUUUGUUGCAGUACGCAGAGAGCGGACCUAAUGAUCGACUACCGGAGCGGAUCUUACAGCUAGGUAAAGAUUCGGCAGCGUUCGCAUGCGAUCUCAUACCUGGCAGGCACUACGUUCUGCAGAUCUCAGAGUCGAUCAAUCAGCAAGGCAUGGUUGUCGCCAGACCUAGCACUCUUCUUAUGAAACUCGGUCUGCGCAAGCCGGUGACAGAUGAAAAUACGUCGAGCUUCUUGCUUGUGAUGCCGGAUGCAGCGGACAUGGAUGACUGGAUGAUCGCCACGAGACUAGUCAUUGAGUCAAUGGGAGGGCACAGGGCUAGACCUGAUACUGCGGAACGGCCCAAGACGCGGGAUGUGAAGAACGAACCAACGAGCGAUGUCGCGCAAAGCCCACCAAUGCCACCUUUACGCUCGCCCAUCGAAGCAGAGCCGAGAAAGAUGUCGCUCGCCAGCAGACCGUCGCUGGAACGCAUGAACGCUAUGCCACCGCCAGAGCGCGAGUACGACGACGUUUCGGAGAUUGACUCGAUCGACGCUCUCGAGCAAGAACUUAAUGACAUGGUCAGAGAUAGCCCGGUAUCGCCAGAGGAGGAACUUGAAAAGCAGUUCCCGCCGGACGCGACGCAGUCUGCACGCUCGUCAGGAGCGCUGUCUUUUGACCAGCAACGGCUGAACAGUCUCCGGAACAGCCAGCGCAUUUCUCACUCCACGGUCGGCACCUCAGCCACAUCUCCAACUGCGCACUCGGCAAGCGGGUCUCCGCCCACGGCAAACCCGAUCAAAGCCAGUUCAGAAAGCGUCCGCGAGCACGUACCGUCAAGCACAGGGUAUAGGACACUGUCUUCGUACUCGAGCGGCCGUAGACGGUCAGCCAUGCCGUUGAGUGGAGGCACAGAGGCGCCUUUACCGGCCAUAGAUGUCAAUGCGGCCGUCAAUAUGCACUCGCCUUAUGCGCUGUCUAUGGAGUCGCCAGUCGUAGGCCGCAACUCGCCACAUCCUCUACCGAAGCCGAGAAAGCUUGCUGUUGCGACAAGCGCGCCUAACCUGAGGGCAGUCGCAGAAGAUGUUAAAGCGAAGCAUGACUCUAGAAUGUCGCCUCAUCUACCCUCGCAAUCAAUUGCUGAGGAGAAGGCUGAGCGGCCGUUGAGCAUCAUCGGCGACUUACCUCACCCGUCAAUGUGGAGCGGGUCGAAUAAGUCACCUGUGCAACGACUUUCCGGCGAGCAGUCACCAAUACCUUCUUCACCCAACGCAUUCAGAGCAAAUGCGGCAAAGUUUACGUCGCAACAGCAGCGAACAUCAGAGCCUUACAGGCCGCCUAAGCGAUACUCAUCCCAAACGUUCAGCCUACCACUAAAGAUCAUCCCCUCUACGCCGGAGAACCGACCGCCGACCAGAACAGAGCACCGCGAACCAUCAUUUAACGAAGUCGAGCAGGGCAACGGAGAACCUGUCGUACAUACUCUGACGGCUAAGGUAGACACGGGAGAUACGGCAAACGGAGACUUCGAGGCAGCCAAUCGUCGAGGCGGACUUCCCUUCUACCCAGCGCAUAUAUCCACCCAAAUUUCGGGACAUCACCAGCGCAAGCACCCAACAUCCGCCACAACACCAUCGAGCCAGUACCAAUCGCACCAACCUAACGGCCAUACUUUACGAAGACCGGCAAGCGUCCAAAUGCGACCCGGAGCCGCGCCGCCGAUCCGCAGCCUGAAGCCCUCGCGCUCGGCUCUGACGCUUUCCAGCAUGGCAGCUCAGCCUCUGCAACAGAUCCACCCUGCUUUGCGGGAGAAAGCACUUCCACCUGUGCCGCCGCCUACACGGCCGCAGUCGCGGACGAGCAAUGGACGGAGGAUCCAGACGCAGGCUUCUUUGUCGGAGAUGGACGUGGGCGUGUCGGUAGCGGGGUUGGGCCCGCCCGCUCCGCCGCCUCAGCAGCCGCUGCCUGUGCCGCCAGGGAUGGAAGGGGAGGGGAGUGCGGCGGGGUUGGGGAUUAGGGUAUGACCUGUGAAAGUAAUGAUGCACGGCUUGGCUUAUGAUAGCGUUGGAGCGCUUUGGGAGUAUGUGUGGGAUAUCUAGAUGACCGAUAGGUAGAGUCGCCCGCAAGGGCUUGUUUGAUACGGUACAGCAUUCUGUAAGAUGAUUACUUGACGAUCCUAUGAUGGCGAUGCUUCUCUUCUACUUGUAUAAUUCACGUCGU